CAUGCCCUAAAACCAGAACAUCCUCACUAUGCAGUUUGAGACUCUACAAUAUAUGCCAAAACAAAUACUAUUAACUUUUUUUGUCUGCUCCUAAUACUCGAUCAAAACAAUGCAUAAAACCCAAAUUUCUAGCAGAAAUGUUCACCCUCUUCAUUAUACACAAGGCCAUAUCUUUGAGAUAUACAAUUCUAUAACAAGGGCCCCUAAUUUUCUUCCGCUCCCACUCUUUUUUUCUUUUGUUAAAUCCGUCCCUUGACAACUAUAAAAACAUUGCAUUACCCAUUUUACAGUUUCAAACUUUAUACCAAACUAAAACAAAAAUGGCCACCUUCUCAACUCUAGCCUACUUCCCCAUUACAAUUAGGUUCUCCUGGAAUAGGGCCAGCAGUUAUGAUCCGAACAAGAAGAGCCUGAACAACAUCAAGAUUAAUGGUACUUCAACAAAGUCCACAACCCAGCUUGACAUGGCAAGCGCUUUAACCUCAGUUGCUUACAUUAGUGAACAGCAAGUUCGACAGAAUAUUCCGACAACCAAGCAGUUUGUUGAUCAUUAUCGCCAAGGGAUGAUCAUCGAAGGUGGUGUAGGGUACAGACAGAGGGUGGUUAUUAGGUCUUAUGAAGUCGGUCCUGAUAAAACUGUAACAUUGGAGAGCAUCCUUAAUCUUCUGCAGGAAACAGCAUUGAAUCAUGUGUGGAUGUCAGGACUCCUCAGUGAUGGGUUUGGAGCAACUCAUGGAAUGAUGAAGCAUGAUCUCAUAUGGGUUGUGUCAAGAAUGCAAGUUGAAGUUGAUCACUAUCCAAUCUGGGGAGAAGUAUUGGAAAUUGACACUUGGGUUGGGGCAUCAGGGAAGAAUGGUAUGCGUCGAGACUGGUUAAUCCGAAGUGAAGCCACAGGUCAUGUUUUUGCUAGUGCAACCAGCACCUGGGUGAUGAUGAACCGAACAACAAGACGCCUCUCAAAAAUGCCAGAAGAAGUGAGAGCUGAGAUUGCACCUUGGUUUAUAGAGAAGCAAGCAAUCACAGAAGAUGUCCUAGAGAAAAUUGUCAAAUUGGACAACAAAGCCAAGUACAUGAACAACGACUUGAAGCCCAAGAGAAGCGACUUGGACAUGAACCAGCAUGUCAACAAUGUCAAGUAUGUGAGGUGGAUGCUUGAGACCAUCCCUGACCAAAUUUUAGAGGCUCAUCAACUGACAAGCAUCAUCCUAGAAUAUAGAAGGGAGUGUGGGAGCUCAGAUAUAGUUCAAUCACUGUGCCAACCCGAUGAAGACGGCAUUCUCAAAGAUGGACUGAAACAAGAUAAAGAAACCAGUCUCGUAAAUGGGUUUUCCUUGGCAGCUGAGAUUCUGGAGGGUAAUGGAUUCCUUGCAUCCUUUGGCAACCAAAAAUUACGGUAUACACAUCUCCUUAAAAUUGAUGGGGAGUCCCAAAAUGACGAGAUUGUUAGAGGAAGAACUACAUGGAAGAAGAAGUCCUUUUCGCCAUAGGAAAAUAUUUGUAUUAGGGAAUGGGGUCAGAAGCUUGUCCUCUAUGAACAUCAAGGAGAAUAUUUCUCAGCCCACGUACAUCAUGGGCAUGAUGUGGAGCUUGCUUCAAAUCCCAGAAGGAAUAUUUAUGCGUCUUGGCUCUGCUUCAGCUUCAUGGGAAGCUGAUUGAGAUCCUAAUAAACAAAGUUUAAUGGCAGGGUCCCCAAAAGAGCACGACAAAACUCAUCAUGGGUUCUACCGAGUGAAUAAGGGUGAAAUGUGUGGCGAUGAUUAAGAGGGUUUUGAUUUAAGGUCUGUAUGUAGCAGUUGUGGUAUUAUUUGGUCAAGAUUAUACUUGGAUUAUUUGGUCAA